AUGAAGGAUUCAGGAGCAACGCAAAUCCUGCCCCAGGCGUCCUUUAAGAAGCGUAACAACAAAUCAAAGUCCACCAUUCGGAAGCGAGAGGCAACUCCCCCCCAGAGCGAAUCUGACUCGGGCUUUACGUCCUCAGAAGAUGACGAGGGCAGGCAGAUAAAGAGGAGGCGCAAAAAUGCAGGCGUGAUCGCAUCUUCAACAGGGAACAAUAAGCUUCGUUCUGCUCAGGUAGAUAUGGAGCCAGCGACUGCAGUUGUUGCGCAGUCCAACAAAGAUGACGCCACCAAGAUCUCCAAUUGGUUUGACGACGCCAGCGAGAACAAAUCCGGAGGAAAUACAAGCGUAAGAACGACGGACGGAACUACACUAGACGGCACGUAUAAGGGUGCUGCCAAUUAUCAGUCAUUCAUACAAAAGAAUCCUGACCGAACAAGCAAGCAAGUGGGACCACUCAAAGCCUCAAGCAACGUAAGAACAAUUACAGUCACAGAUUUUGCUCCAGAUGUGUGCAAAGAUUACAAACAGACGGGGUUCUGUGGAUUUGGAGACAACUGCAAGUUCUUGCAUGCGCGCGAAGACUACAAGCAAGGCUGGCAACUUGAUCGGGACUGGGAGGUCAACACCAAAGGGAAGAAGGCGUCCGGCACAACUGUCGCAUCAGCAAAUCGAAGUGGACAAUCGACACAAGAUGAUGACGAUGACGAAGCCCUCCUCGAGAGCAUCCCCUUUGCCUGCGUUAUAUGCAAAAAGUCAUACACAAACCCUAUUGUCACCAAGUGCGGGCACUAUUUCUGUGAGGCCUGUGCACUGAAAAGAUAUCGGAAAGAUCCGUCUUGUGCAGCUUGUGGCUCUGGUACGAACGGUGUCUUCAAUACCGCCAAAAAGUUAAAUCGACUUUUAGAACGGAAGCGAGAGCGGGAAGCGCAAAAGCGGGACAAAACGAUAGAAGCAGGGGAGGAAGCAGGAUAA